AUGCUAAGGGGUCUCCCACUGAAUUUCUAUAAAUCCAAGUCUAUUGAAACUCUUAUAUUGAAUGGUUGUUCAAGAUUUGAAAACUUGGCUGAUGGCUUAGGGGACAUGGUAUCAUUGACAAUUUUGGAAGCAGAUUGCACAGGCAUCAGAAAAAUUCCAUCUUCCGUAGUAAAAUUGAAGAACUUGAGAAUUUUAUCUCUAUCUGGCUUCUGGCGGUUAACUGAGGAUGCAAUCCCUAAGGAUCUAUGUAGCCUAAUUUCCUUAGAACAUCUGCUUCUUGGAGCCAAUAAUUUUCGUAGCCUGCCAAGUCUCACUGGUCUUUCAAAGCUCAAGGUCUUGUGUUUAAAUGCAUGCAGAAAACUUCGUGCAAUCCCAGAUUUACCAACCAAUUUGUAUGUUCUGAAAGCAAUUGGCUGCCCAAAAUUGGAAACAAUUCCAGAUUUUUCAAAAAUGUCAAAUAUGAGAGAAUUGUAUCUCUGUGAUUUGUUCAAACUCACUGAGGUUCCAGGCAUGGAUAAGUCAUUAAACUCCAUGACAAGGAUUCAUAUGGAAGGCUGCACCAAUCUGACUGCCGAUUUUAGGAACAACAUCCCACAGAGAUGGACUUCUUGCGGAUUUGGUGGAAUUUAUUUGAAUGGAAUUUAUGAUAUUCCUGAGUGGUACAAAGUCGUCAAUGAUGUGGACAAUAUCGUCUACUUUGAAGUUCCUCAAAGAAUCAUGGGUCGUGAUUUAAAAGGGUUGACUAUAUGCUGCGUUUACUCUUCAGACAGGCGAAAAACUUCCAGAUUGAAAAGGGUAGAUUCUGAAGGUCCUAUUUGCAGUAUGGCUGCUUUGCACACCAAGAUAGAGUCAAACAAUACGGAGUUAUUUUGA